AUGGCAUGCACGUAUGGGAUCCUGAUCGCCCUGUCGGCAGCGGCACAUGCAACGAAAUUGCAGUCGCAAUACUGGGAUACCCCGCCAAGGUUCUCUUCCAUCGUGGUAUUUGGUGAUUCUUUCAGUGACAAUGGCAAUGGAUCGGCUCGUGUAUCAAACUCUUCCUGGCCUACAGACUCAUAUUACAACGGCCGCUUUUCUGAUGGCAUCGUCUGGCCCGAGUAUGUGGCCGGAAACUUGUCGAUCCCGCUUUACGACUAUGCAGUGGGAGGCGCCACUACGUCCAACAUUUUGGUCCAAGGAUACACCGGGGCGGGCGGAACGAUUGCGGUGCCUUCAGUUGACGAUCAAGUCGCCACCUUUCUCGGGAGGGCGACGCCACAAGGCCAAGUCUUCACGGAGUUGGAAACAGUCGCCUUGGCCUCGCCAUUGUUUGUUUCGUUUGCUGGGGCCAACGACAUCUUGUUCAGUCCCAACAUAAGUGCUUCGCAGUCUUACCAAGCUCUCCUCCAGGCGGGAACUCAGCUACAGGCUGCGUAUGAUACGGCCAAAGUUCUUACAAUUUCACCUCCGGACCUAUCAAAACUUCCCUACGGUUUCUAUGUGGACAUGAUAGCAAAGGAGCAACUGCAGAGUUUUACCAAUCUUCUGGGAGACCUGCUACGUCGCUCACGGUUUGCGGCUGUCAACAUAGAUCUUCGGCCGCUUUUUGAAGAGUUUGAAUACUACGCCGCACCCCGUAUGUAUGGUUUUCCGCCCCUGGGAAAGUAUGGGAGUUGUUUGCAAGGAGCGUAUGGAGAGACACCAAACGUGACGCUGUGCGAAGACGCUGCGACUAUGGUUUACUGGGACGAGUAUCACCCUACAACUCAAACACAUUCUUGGAUUGCUAAGCAAGUCCUCGGCGUGCUAGGUGGCCCGUUCUGA